AUGGAACAUAUUACUCCUAUAAAGGAAAUUGACUCAAUCAAGGACGAUUUCACAAUUAAAGUUCGGAUCAUACGUCUUUGGACUCAAAAGUCAAAAUUUGAUGCAAACGACACAUACUCGAUAGAAAUGAUUUUGAUGGAUGAGGAGGGAAGGAAAAUUCAUGCAUCAUGUGUGAAGAAAUGGUUUCCUAAAUUCAAGCGCUAUUUAAAAGAGGAUAGUUCAAUUUACGUCAAGAAACCUAACGUCGCACCAAAUACUUCAAAAUUUAAGUUUGCUCAUCCGGAAUCAAAACUAAAUUUUUAUCACGAUACAAUUUAUGGGCAUAUGGAUACCUCAGAACAAGAUAAAUCAAAACACAAGAUGCUCUUGCAUCUUCAAGAUAUAGAGGAUACUAAGCUUAUGAUAACUUUGUGGGGUCAUAAUGCAUACUACAUGCAUGAUUUUCUUGCUAACAAUAACAGCCUUGCUCCAAUUGUUGUUAUUGUUCAAUUUGCCAGGGUGAAGUUUAUUAAUGGUCGUCCUUUUUCAUCCACCUACUUUGAUGUUAGUAGGGUUUUCAUAAACAAUGAUAUCGAUGAAAUUACAAUCUACAAAAACAAAUUGGUCUCUGAAAAUGGACAACAACUAUCAUCAAGUGGAAUUAAAAUGAUUGCAUCAAAACAAGACACAGAACACGAUGACUUUGUGAAAAAUCAUUUGUUUUCUAACAUUGAAGAUUUGUUUGAACCUUUGGAGGAAAAGACGGUCAUUAUUGUUGGUACUGUUAAGGGAAUACGUCAAAAUAUACGUUGGUAUUACCUUGCUUGUAGCAACUGCAAAAAGUCAGCAAAAGAAAAAGAGUCUUCAACUGAUAAGGUUGAUGGUUCUCAUGAAGUUGCCGAAAUCGUUACUUAUGAAUACAACACAGGAACGUUGACUUUAACUUUAUUUGAUCAAGAAGCAAAGAAGUUGUUCAAAUACACAGGUAAAGAGUUGUAUGAUAAAAACAAGAAGCUUGGCUACAAUUUGGAAUUGUAUCCAAUGGAGUUGAAAGUUGUGUUGGACAGAAAGUUGGCAAUUAAGAUUGAUAUCACACGUUACAAUGUCGAUAAUAAAAGUAAUAUUUAUGGGAUAUCAAGAUUAACCGAGAAUGCAGACAUAAUUGAUGAAUUGGAGAAAAAUAAUCUUACACCACAGCCUGCUAAUUCUGAUUCAUUCAUGAUUGGUUCUUCAGAUGUUGGAUCUCAUGACACCAAAGUUCUCAAGGAUUCCUUUUUACAGACAGGUGAAAAUUCAACUCCGUGUGCUAGGGACAAGUCAACUGCAACAAGUCCUAUAAAGUUUAUUUCUACACCAAUUGAGUUGAAAAGAAACCUUGCUACAUGCAUAGAUAUUGAUGAAAUGGAGAAUUUGUCUACUUCUAAAAAUCCUCGACUGUCACCACCAGAUGAACAACCAACUCCUCUUUUGGUACCCAAGAAAGAAAAGUCGUUUCCUCUGAAUCCUCUUUGCUUUGACGAUCGCAGCUCCGUUUUUGCAUUCUUGAUUCAUGCUGUACUCUCUAAUUCCCUACUACAGUUGCCUGCUUCAUCGACAACGGAAGAUUCAUCAAAUGUAAUAUUUGUUACCAACAGUUUGAAAGGAACAAACAAUAAUAUGUACUACUUGCAAGCAAGAGAGAACAGAAGACAUAGAAAAUUAUAUUUGGAUAAUAAGAGAUCGAAGAAAAGGAAUACAAAAUACACUGUUCAAAAUCCGUCUACACCACAUGUCUUGAAAAACACGGAUAACUAUCAAUCAAAAAACGUUGUUCAACAAAAUGAAAAUGUCUGUUUCUAUAGAUCACGUGGAAACCAAAGUACACCCCUACAAUCUUCUCCUUCAUGUAUAAAUGUUAGAACUCCAUUAUCUAACAUUUCAAACGCUAAUAUUAGUUUCAAUAACUAUGUUACUUCAACGUUACAAAAUAAAAUACAUUACUCUGGACUUCGUAAUGGCAUGACUUCGAGAAAUGCAUCUACAAUAACUGCUUCUUCAUCAUCAAACAAGUUAAAUCCAGGAUGUCAUAAAUUAAAAAGGAAGUUGGAACAUUUAUCUCCUAUUCCAUUGAUUGACUUGACAGCAGAUCUAGAAGAUAUACAUGAAGUCAAUAAUGAAAACCUAAUAGUAGGUAUUUCCAAAGAAUAUUUGGAUCAUGGUGAUCAAAUUGUUGUAUGUCAAACAUGUCAUGCAAAAUUAUGGAGAAAUGAAUCCAUAAGAGGAAAACAAAAAGGGAACACAGAUUAUUCAUUAUGUUGUGGUUAUGGCAAGGUUCAACUACCAGAUUUAAAGAACGCGCCACCAACUUAUGAAAGAAUGUUCAGAGCAACGGAUUCUAAAAGCAAAAACUUCAUGAAAAACAUUCGACGUUACAUUUCAAUGUUUUCUUUUACGUCAAUGGGUGGUAAAAUUGAUUAUUCAAUCAAUAGAGGAAAUGCUCCAUAUAUUUUCAGACUUGGUGGUCAAAAUUAUCAUUCUAUUGGAAGCCUUUUACCACCAAAUGGAUCGCAACCAAAAUUCUCUCAGUUAUACAUUUAUGAUACUGAGAACGCAAUUUCAAAUAGACAAACAUGCUUUGGUGGGGAAAAGCAUCAAUCUACAUCAAUCGAUAAUGAUAUUAUUCAAGAUUUGAAGGUGAUGUUAGAUUCAAAUAAUGUCUUGGUUAGCUCUUAUAGGAUGUUAAGAAUUAUCGGGAAAAGGGAUCGAGAUGGAAGAACAUAUAACCUACCAACUGCUUCUGAGGUUGCCGCUUUAAUUGUAGGUGACAAUUUUGAUUCGGUUGAAAAUAGAGAUAUUGUUGUUCAGACAAAAUCGGGAUUUCUACAGCGUAUCAGUGAAUUACAUCCUUCUUACCUUCCUCUCCAAUAUCCGCUACUAUUUCCAUAUGGGGAUGAUGGUUACAACGUUGAUAUUCUUCAUAGAGGUGUUAAAUCUACAACCAACAACAAGCGCGCGAAAUGUACAACGAGAGAAUUUUUUGCUUUUAGAAUUCAAGACAGAGAUCAUUCGUUCUCACUGAUUCUUAAUUCAAAAAGGUUCUUUCAACAAUUUUUGGUAGAUGCGUAUACGAUGAUUGAAAGUGAAAGAAUGUAUUUCAUACGUAGUCAACAACAUGUUCUUAGAUGUGAGUCUUACGAGAAUUUAAGUAAACAAAAAGCUAAAGGAACUACAAAUAUCUCCAACAUCGGCCAACGUGUGAUAUUACCUUCAUCUUUCACAGGUGGUGCGCGUUAUAUGCUGCAAAACUAUUUGGAUGCCAUGUCUCUAUGUAAAUGGUUUGGAUAUCCUGAUUUCUUCAUAACCUUUACGUGUAAUCCCAAAUGGCCAGAGGUUAAAAGGUUCCUUAAGGAUACUUCACUUCAACCAGAAGACAGACCUGAUAUACUAUGUAGGUUGUUCAAGAUCAAGCUUGAUGCAUUUAUUAAAGACCUAAGGGAGAAUCACAUUUUCGGCAUAGUUCAAGCAGUUGUUUAUACAAUUGAAUUUCAAAAAAGAGGUUUGCCGCAUAGUCAUAUAUGUUUAUUUAUGCAUUCUGACUACAAGUUACCCACUGUUGAAUUGAUCGAUACGAUAAUUUCCGCUGAGAUACCAAACAUAGAUGAAGAUACAGAGUUGUAUAAACUUGUGCAAGAGUUCAUGAUUCAUGGUCCAUGUGGAGCUGAAAACAUCAAUUGUCCAUGCAUGGUCGACAACAAGUGUUCGAAAAACUUUCCAAAACAAUUAUGUAAUCAUAACUCUGUUGAUCAGAAUGGUUUUCCAUUAUAUAGGAGAAGAAAUAAUGGUCAUUUUGUUGAAAAAUCGAGUGUGAAAUUGGAUAAUAGAAAUGUUGUCCCAUACAACAAAUAUCUAUUGAAAAGAUAUCAGGCACAUAUUAAUGUUGAAUGGUGCAAUCAGGGUUCUUCUAUAAAGUAUUUAUUCAAAUACAUAAAUAAGGGACCUGAUAGAGCUAUAGUUGCCGUUGUACGAAGCAAUAAUGAAGCUGAUAGUAAUGAUGCGGUCGAUGAAAUAAAUGAGUAUUACGACUGUAGAUAUUUAUCUGCAUGUGAAGCAUCAUGGAGAAUUUUUAAAUAUGAUGUUCAUUACAGAUAUCCUUCUGUGGUUAGACUUCCUUUUCAUCUUCCUGGUCAACAACAAAUCGUAUAUGGGGAAGACGAUGAUAUUGACGAUGUUCUCAACAAACCCUCUGUUGCUUCUUCAAUGUUCACAGCUUGGAUGGAGUGCAUGCAGUUAAUGGUGAUGCACGGAAACUUACGUAUGUUGAAUUUCCUACAAAGUUUGUUUGGAAUCGUGGUGAUAGGAUUUGGAAGCCAAGGUCCGAAAUCAUUCGAAGAAAUUCACAUAGUAAAUGGUGAAGAAUAUUCUUCUUUUAGAGAUGCUUGUUAUGCUCUUGGGCUCUUGGAUGAUGACAAUGAAUAUAUCGAUGCAAUCAAAGAAGCAAGUCAUUAUGGAUCUGUAUGUCUAAACCGGAGGUUGUUUGGGAAAACACAUGAGAAUAUUUGGCAGAUGGAAUUCUUUAUAACCAACGACAUAGAUUCAAGUCUCCAGUUACCUCUAUGUCCUCCAGACUUAUCACUCAAUGAAGAUCAGCUUAAGAACUUAACUUUGUUCGAGAUAGAACAAGUUUUACUUCGGAAUAACUCGAGUCUAAAAAAUUAUAAAAACAUGCCUAUCCCGGAUCUUGAUUUUGUUUCUUCUUCAAACAAUCGACUUAUCACCGAGGAGCUAGAAUAUGACAUUACCGCUUUGAAGACCGAGUUUGAUCGUAUGUUUCAUGCAUUGACAAAUAAGCAGCGUCACAUUUUCCUUGAUAUCAUGAGUGCAGUUAAAGAAAAUAAAGGAGGUGUCUUCUUUGUUUAUGGUUAUGGUGGAACUGGUAAAACUUUUUUAUGGAAGACAUUAUCUGCCGCUAUUAGAAAAGAUGGUCAUAUUGUUCUAAAUGUUGCUUCAAGUGGGAUUGCUUCAUUAUUAUUGCCCGGAGGUAGAACAGCACACUCUCGAUUUAUAAUUACAUUUGAACUAACAGAGGAUUCUGUUUGUAGAAUAAAUCCAGAUAGUGACCUCGCAAGCUUAUUGAGAAAAACCUCAUUGAUAAUUUGGGAUGAAGCUCCUAUGGUCCACAAGCAUGCAUUUGAAGCUUUAGAUCGAAGUUUGAAAGAUGUAUUCAAGUCUGAAAAUUCUAGCAACUCAGAUAUUCCGUUUGGAGGGAAAGUUAUUGUUUUUGGAGGAGAUUUUAGACAGAUUCUACCUAUUAUUCCAGGUGGAAGUAGACAAAACAUUGUUAAUGCUUCGUUAAGUUCUUCAUAUUUAUGGCAACAUUGCAAGAUCCAUAAAUUAACAAAAAACAUGAGACUAACUGUUGGAAGGGAUCAAUCUGAUAUACAAAAAAUCGGAGAUUUUGCAAAUUGGUUGUUGGAUAUAGGAGAAGGCAAACUUGGUGGUAUCAACGAUGGAGAAACGGUUAUUGAUAUUCCAGAUGAUAUUCUCAUUAAUGAUGCACAUGAUCCUAUAGGUUCAUUAAUCGAGUUCGUAUAUCCUUCAAUUUUGGAUAAGUACAACAAUACAAGCUAUUUUCAAGAAAGAGCAAUACUUGCUCCAAAGAAUGAAGUGGUUCAAGAAAUAAAUGAUCGUUUGCUAUUGAAAUUUCCAGGAGAUGAGGUUGAAUACUUAAGUUCAGAUAGUAUAUGCCAAUCUGAAUUUGUCCAUGAUCAAUUUGAUGCAAAUUUAUAUUCACCUGAUGUUUUAAAUGGUCUGAAAGUAUCGGGUUUACCAAACCAUAAGUUAGUUUUAAAAAUCGGUGUUCCAGUUAUGUUACUGAGAAAUAUUGAUAAAAAAAAACGGCUUGUGUAA